AUGAAUUUUUUUUAGCAUAGUAAUGAGCCAAGAAGUUCUUUAAGCAGCGGAUUAUCUUCGUCUUCUUCAUAGUAUAGGACUUCAUUCUUAGAAGAAACCCCUAAGCAUUAAAAUUUAAAAGAUGAAAGAAUAAGAAAUAUUAAAAGCAAAUUAUAAAGCAUACCUUCUUAGAAUAACAAAUACGACGACAAUAGCAUAAAUUUAUUUAAUAUUCAGCAUUCUUCUUUAUCAAGCCAGUCUUAUACUUCAUAGAAUUAAAAUAUAAAUAAUAUCAACUUGCUUUAGAAUCCACUUUAUUAAUCUAAGUCAAACUCUAAUAAUUUUAUUUAGCCACAACAAAAAUCAUACCUCGGCACACAAGUAAAUAUGGAAAGGAAAUAAAAAGCUUAAAUAAGAGGAUCAAUUAGAAGCGAAAAUGAAGAGGAAUAAUCACUAAUUAGUAUGAGAGAAAAAAAUGCUCUCUUUUUUGAAGAAGAUGAAUCUAGAAGAAGAAGUUUCACACCAUCUUAGUCUUAGUCAAGUUCUAAUGAAUCGUUUACUAAAAAUCAACAUGCAUAAAAAGCAGGAGGUUUUUUUGGAAAUAAACUGUAAGAAAUAAAGCUUCGAAGGUUCCAAAUAGACGCAGCUAAACUCAUUAUUGAUAGAUUGGUUAAAGUAUGCUACAAAUCUUUCAAUGAUAUUUAUGAAUACUCUUAGAAAAAUAAAAAUAGAAACAGCUUUAACAAUCCAAAUAUAAACAAAGCAUCAAAUCAGGAAUAUUUUAAAUAAUAAGCAAUACAAAAUAAUGCUGAGAAAAGUGAUAAAGAUUUGAAAUUAAAAAUUGUUAACAAUAAAACAAAUUAGUUGUAGAACUCCUCAUCAUUAUCUCAUCUUCAAAAAAAAUUUGAAUAGGAUAUUUGCUUGAGCGAUAGAAAAUAACAUUCAAACAGCUAAAAUAUCAUCCAAUAACAAUCAUAAAAUUAAUUAAAUGAAAUAAAUUUCACAAAUUCUAAAAAUAAGUCAUAAUAAAGUCAAAAUAAUUCUCAAUACUAAUCAGAUAACCUUAAAAUUAAUGAUAGAAAACUCAGUAUUUAAAUAAAUCUAUAGAAUUCUAAGCCUUUAUAUCGCCAUAUAAGUCCAUGUGAUAGAUUAAGCCACUAAAAUACAACUUCAUCUUAAAUUUCUACUAGAAACAGAAAUGUCUCAUCAAUUAUUACGAACAAUAAUAGUAAUACAAUAUAAAAUAACAACAAUAAUAAUUAUUCGAGUAGCAGCUUUCAUUUUUCUAUGAGUCAAAAUAAUAAUUUUAAUUGCUCUCCUAGUGGCUAGUUUGGUGUUAGCAAUAAUUACUAAUAAAAUUAAAAUUAGCAAUACUUUUAAUAAUUGUCGAACAGCUUUAAUAAUUUAGAAUCUAACUUAAGAAGAGCGAGCAGUCAUGAGAAUAAAAUGAUUUUAGUAGAUAACAGCUUUGAAAAUGGAUUUAGAAGAUAAAAAAGUUCAGAAAAAAUCUAAUUAAUAAAUAGCACAUAAUGUAAUUCUUAAGAGAGAAAUACAAAUAAUUCAACAUUUUCAAAGAUGAUCCAGCAAUUUAAAUCAAAUAACAAUAAAGGAGGUCAUUAAGUUUAACAAAAUGUUAAAAUAAACAACGAAAAUAAUUCUUUAUUCUCUCACAAGACGAGCUCAGGUUUUUAAAAGCAAAAUAAUAGCAGUAACACCACAGAUAAUUAGUAUUUAAGACCAAGUCCAUAAAGAAAAAGCACUGGCGGAUACAUACAAAAUAAUGUUUCUAUUCCAAAAUCAUUUCUCGAUUCAAGUCAAAAACCUUUAUAAAGACAAUCUCAUUCUUCUCAGCAUCUUAAUUCUUACUUUCAAACUUCCUUUUUCAAGCAAAAUAUAAAUGAAGAUUCAUCAAACAGUUAGCAUAACAUUCAUAAUUAAAUAUAAAACUAAUCUCAAAAUUAAGAUAAGCUCUAUGAAAACUGUCUCACAGAGUAAAGUUUUUUUAGAAUGAGUACAAAUGGCACAAGAAAUCCAACUAAUAAUAACGGAGAUCUUUUAAGCGUAAGAAUUAACACAAAUGAAUCUAACAACUAUAAUUUUGCUAACACGUACACAAACAGAGGAUCAUACAGAGAAAGUGAGUAAACAAGUGAUAUUUAAUUAACUAGCUCAUUUUAGAAAAGCAUUAAUAAUUAGCUUAGACAAGAAAUAGAAAACAGAAGAUCCUUCAAAAAUUAAAAAUAAGACAGCUUAGAUUGCAUAUUCGAUGAUCUCCCUCACAAAAAUGCUAAAAAGGGAGGAAGUCUUAUAGAAUGUGAAGAAGAAGAUGAAAUGAAAGUUUCAUCAAUAUAAAAGUUAAAAUAAGAAUUUAAUGAAAUAAUAAAAUCUUCUUUCUAAAACGAAGUAAAAUCAUCAAGUUUCAAAAAAGAAGAACAAUAGAAAAUAGUUUAAUCUACGUCUAAUAGAGUCUCUUUUAAUAACGAAAAUGAAGAAUAGAAUAACCACAAUAUUUAUAAUUAAAAUAAUAUCUUAAAUAGAAAUAACAAUAUUAAUAAUUCUACUGAUUAAAAUCAACAAAUAGCAAAUCAAAAUAGUGAAUAAAAUAAUAUCAAAUAAAAAAUAUAAGAUUAAUUUUAAGCAUAGCUUAUUAAAUAAUAAUAGUUAUCUAUCGUAUAAAGAGGAUAGCAAGAUGAAAGGAGCUGUAUUUCUGCUAGAAAUAAUACUAGUGCUUUUAUUGUUGAAAACCUUCUUAACUAAGAAGAAGUAAAAAGCUUUUCUUGCUAUGAUGAAGAUUUGAUCAAAUAGCAAGAUAUUACUAUUCAAUAACUAAGCACAAAAAAUUAAAAUGUAGUUGCAGAAUAAUCAAAUUUCAAGGAUGAUCUAAUUUUCGAUAAAACUGUUCAUUCGUUUGAUUUCAAUCUAAGCUUAAGAGAGAGCGAAAAUAAUCUUAAGUAAAAAUUAAACAUGCAGCAAGAUUUAAUUUAGUCUCCCAAUCAAAAUUAAGCACAUUCAAAUCAAAAUACAUCCUAAAAGCGCUAACUGAACUUACAAGAUGAAUAAAUUGAAAUAAUAUAAGAAAAUUAAAAUAUUUAAAAUGAAUAACAUUUUGAUAACAUUUAAUAAAAUAUUUCACAAUUAUAGAGAAAGGAAAAUGUUCAAUUUAAUGGAUCGUUUGGGAGAUUAAGUGUAGACUCAACUCCUCGAAAUAAUGAAGAUGUGCCUUAACUAGAUAAUUCUAAGAAACCACUUUCUUACUUUGCAAGAUAGCAAUCAGAUGAAGAAGUAGAUGGAAAUUAAAAUGAAAUCUUUUUGCAAUAAAAUAGUCCAGAUAAUUAAAUAAAUAAUCAUUUAAAUUAAAAUUAAGAAAAUUUAAAUUUGAAGGCAGUAUAACAAAAUGCUUCAAAUAAGUUUAUGUAGCAAUAACAGUAAAAUAUAGAGGGAGAAGAAGGUGAUGAAGAGAGCAGCAGAUUUAGUUUUGAAUUAAAAAAUACUCUGGACGAAUUUUAAUCUUAACAUCAUUUGGAACAGAUUUUGUUUAAUUAAAAUAACCAAACAACAAACGAAGACAUUAGCAUUAUAGAGAAAAACAACAAAAGCAACUUUAGCAUUUUUAUAGAUAAAAAUGAUAGAAAUAACAUGAGUAUUUUUAACAGUAAUAAUGAAGAGCUGCUAAAUACUGUUACAAAUAGUUAAAUUAAUUUGUAGCAGCACAAUCUAAAUAACUAACAUGAUAAUAUUCUCAUUGCUUAAUCCUUCCCAUACUCUUCAAGUGGUCACAAUUUUAAUAAAAAUGAGGUUUAAGAUUUUAACGAUAUUAGCUUUGAUUAAAAUUAACACCAUUUAGUUGAAGAAUCUAAUAAAAAGUAAUAUUUUGAAAAUACCAAAAAAGCAUAUUAGGAAGACAAUAGUUAAAGGCAUUUUGGGGAAACUAAAAAGUAAUUAUUUAUGGACAGUAACCAUCAUCUCACAUAGAGCAAUGAUAGCAAUGAUCAAAAUAAUGAUGCAAACUUAAUGAUUAUAACUUAAAUCAUUUAAGGUAAUUCCUUAUCAUAAGAAUGUUUAAGAGCAAAUUAACUAAAAUAAAAAGAAGAGGGUCUUGAAAAAUUCAAACAAAAAAUAUAUUUUAACGAUUUAAAUGAAGCUGCUUAAAAUUAAUAGGUAGAUUUAUUUGAUGAUGAGUAAAUUUUGUUUGAAGCAAAUGAAUUUACUCCUCCUAGACAAAAAAAGAAUAACCCUAUUAAUUAAUAUCCUAUGCAUUCUAAUGCUGAAAGCAGUCCUAUCAUAGACAAAGAGAUAGUUUAAGGUGGAUUAGGUUUAAAAGUGUUUGAGUUUAGCUUGAAGAUGUAAACUAUUUUGAAGGCUAUUCAGAUGAAGAAUGUGAGAGAGAGUUUUAUAUCGAUAGUGAUUUAUUCUUAAUUAAAAAGCUAUUUAAUGAGUGCAUAUUAAUAAUAAUUAUUACAGUAGCAGCUUUAAAACGAUCAGCUUCAGGCUUAAAGAGUAGCUCAGAUUUAGAAUAUACCUUAUUACUAUUAGAGCUAAUUUAGCACAAUAUAUGAAUAAUAAAACGAAACUUGCAGCGAUAUUCAUUAACCACAAUCAAUUAAUGCCAGUAAGUUACUCGACUCAAGAAGUCUUUAUGACUCAAAGAGCUUAGAAUAAUUUAAUUUAGAAAUGAAUAAAGUCACAGUAUUCAAUUCAUUAUAAUUUACUUAAAAUUAAAUCUAAAAUGCUUCCUCUUAACAUAUCACUCAUUCAUCCAUUAUUGAGAGUAAUGUAAAUAAUUCACAAAAUACUACGAUCCAAUAGCCAUCUUAGAACAUGUAAAAUGUUAUGCAUACUGAAAUUGUUACUGAGAUAGAUUCUAAUGAUAACGGCAUCAAACAGUUCUGGGGAUUGAGCAUAAUUUCAUCUAAAUUACAAAACUAAUUAAAAUAGGCAUUUAAUUGUUGGAAAAAUAGUUUAAAAAUCAAAGAAAAUUAAAAUAAAAUAAACAAUUUAGCAAAUGAUAUUUAAAUUUGUUCUUAAAAUCAAUUAAGAGAUGCAUUUGAUAUCCUUAAAAAAACUAAUUAUCAUGAAGAUGCUCAAAAUUUUAGAGUUAAAAUAAUCUAACUUUCUCAAACUCUAGAAAGGUUAAAAAAUAGUUUCAUGAGACAAGCUUUCUUGAAUUUAAAGAUAAAUUCAAUUUAAAGAAAAGCGAUUUUUGAAUAAUAAAUGAGAUAUAGUUUGCAUUCGGUGAUACAAAUAGUUUCUAAUGCUUAGUAAGAUAAUAUUAUUUGGUCUCUUUAAUAACUAAAAAAAUAAACAAUUAACAAAACAAAGCUAAUUAAUACUAUGAAUAGAAUAUUUAAGUAAAAGGUGAAUUAAAGAUUUUUAGAUAAAUUAAAAUAGGUCUUCGCCUUAAAGAAAAGAAGAGAAUUUGCUUUAUAACCUGUUUUAUUCAAUUAUAGAAGGUUUAAAAACUAGCUUUUAUCUAAAUACUUAGAAAGAUGGAGAAUGCAACUUUAUCAUAAGUCAAGUCACUUUGAUAAAUUCACUGCACUGUCUAACUUGUCUAACAUCUUUAAAUAAAAUAUUUAAACUUCAAUUUAGCUGGCAUAUAAAAAGAUUUAGUUGAAUUCUUUAAUAUCUACAAACAAAGAAAAGUUUUUGAAAAAUAUCUUAUUACAAGUUCUAAUCCAUGUAGAAAAUAAGAAAAAAGAAUAAAAAUAAAUAGCAUUUGAAAAAAUUGUUAACCUAUAUACAUUUAAGAAGCAUAGGGAAUCUGUCUUAUAAAAUUUAAUAAAAUCUAAAAUUAUAAAGGAGUAACACAAAUACUUUCAUUUAUUUUAUAAGAGAGUUUAUGAAAACAAAAACCACGUUUAAUUUAUUAAGACGGGAAUUAAGAGUUUAUUAUUGAUGGGUUAAAUUUUGUAAGGAAAAAUUAGCUAAAAUUUACUUUAUGCCUUUAAGUCCAUCCAGUUUUUUAAUUUAACUAAAAGAAAAAUAAGUAGUUAAUCUUGCUCAACAAUCGAUUUGUUAAAUAGCGAACAUGAGAGCAUAAAAUAGACUUUAAAAAAUUUGAAAAACAACUUGCAGAAAGUUAAAAUUGAAUCACUCAUCAAAGGAUUCUCUCAUGCGCACUAAAAAAUUCAAUAUAAUUUGCAAAAAACAGCUUUCAGAAAAAUAUUACAAAAUUGCAGAUAAAAGCAAAAAAUAUGCAAGGGAUUAUCAGUUUUGUAAAAAUUUUAAGAUGAAUUAACAAAGAAAAAGUAGAAAGUCUGCUUUGCUAGAUUAAAAUAUCUAAUUUAAGAUAAACUCUAGCUUAAAAAAAAUUAGAAAUCAUAAAAAUAAAUAUUUUGCAUUUUCCUUAAAACUCUGUUGUAAAAGAAACUAUAAAACUAAAAAAGAACAGCGCUACUUCAAAUUAAAGAAAGAGCUGAAUAAUACGUUUAGGAUAAAAGAGAUAAAAAACUUAUUUAUACAGAAAGCUCAAUGUUUGUUGUAAAAUGUAAAUUAUUACUUGGUACACUCGACAGAAUUUUCAAAAAGAAUUUGUAUUAAUAUCCAUUUUAGUUGAUAUAUGGAUGUUAACCUUAAAAAUAUAUAGCAGCAUUGUAAUUUUACUAAAAUAUUGCAAAUUAAGCUUAAAAAACAAAUAACCUGAACCAAAACAAAAAGUAGAAGACUUAAUUUAAUCAAAAUUAGUAGCAAUAAAACCAGGUUCAAAAAAACUUUCAUGCAUCAAACCUGCUAAAUUUAAGUAAAAGUAAGAGUCCUAUGAAAAAAAUAUAAGAGCAACAUAAUGUAAAGCAUGAAAUAAUCAAAAAUCUAGUAAACAAAAAUGAUGAAUAAUCAAAAUAACAAAAUUCUCAAACGAAUAACAACAAUAAAAAAGACUAACUUACAAGCUAAAAGGGCAGAGUAAACUAAAAUUUAUUAAAAGCCCAAUAAAAUUAAAUUUAAGCUCAAAAUGAUCAAGAAAAAAAUAAACCUAAAACCUCCUAAUCACAAAUCAUCCCUAGUUAAAAUCGCAAUUAAAACAGUUAGUUGUCUAAUAUAAAUGCUUUUAAAAGCUAAAUAAUAACACCAACUAAUUUAAAUUAGUAAGCUCAGUCUAUGAAUAAUAUAAUUUAUUAAGGAUUUAGCUUAAACUAAAUUGAAAGUAAUGAUAAAGUUGAAGAUCUAAGCUUGAGCAGUAAAGGAAAAUGUAUAACUUUUGGAGGUAGCAGCAGUCCUAAACAAAGAGAUUUCUAAAAUAAAUAAAAUACUUCUAUACCAAAUAUAAAUAAUAUCAGCAAUUUUAUGUUAAACUAGAGUCCUAAUAGCACUGAAAGGAUUAUUACGUCUUCAUCAAAUAUUAAAUCUCCUUAAAAUAGUAAUUCCAAUAAACAAUAAGUAGUUUAUGACAUAUAAAAAUAAUAACAACAUUAAAUUAAUUUAAAUAGUAAUUAAAAGCAACUACCUUACUUUUAACAUAACAGAAACUAUAGUAGUGGAAGUAUUCCAUCUUCCUUACCUAUAACAAAUACUUCAAUGAACUAAUCUUCCUCAAUUAUUUUAUACAACAGCAACAACACAUAAAAUUAAAAUUAGUAUAACUGA